AUGUCUCGCUCAGCUUUCAACCCGCUCUCCGUCCUCGUCCUCUACGGCCUCGCCUCCUUCUGCAGCCCCAUCCGGGAGCCGGCCUCUGGGUUUCGCAUCCGCCUAGAAAGACGAGAAGUGAACGCCACGGAUGUAUUCGAGUCUUCGUAUGCCACGCGCGAGCGCGAGGCCACCCUCGUCAAAUACUCCAAUGCCGACCAGUUCCUCUCCGGCAUCGGCCUCCACCCCGACACCCACCCGGAGCGUAGCUACCCCGCCUUCACUCCCCCCAACUCCUCCGUCACCGUCCGGAACGCCCCGCUGCGCGGCAUGGAGUACACCUUGGACAAUCCAGACGCCAACAGCACCGAUCCCGAUCUCCUCCACCGCGCAUCCUCUCUCGACGGCGACAAGACGGAGCGGUUGGCGCUCCAGGACUUCGUCUCCGGUGGCCUCGACGUCGAGUACUACGGCCCGUUGGCGUUCGGCACCCCCGCACAGAUGCUCGACGUCGACAUCGACACCGGCUCCGCCGACCUCUGGGUGCCCUCGCGCUGCUCGCGCUGCACCAAUGGCGAGUUCCAGCCGAGCAGAGCACACCUACCGCGAGGCUCGGGCCGCGUCUCCGGCAUGUUCGCCCAGGACAAGGUCGCGGUCGGGUCGCUGAGCGUGCCGAACCAGGCGUUCUGCGCCGCGCGCCGCGUCUCGGACGACUUCGACGAGCAGCCCGCGAGCGGGCUCCUCGGGCUCGCCUUCGGGAGCAUCGCGACGGCGGGGCAGCCCACGUUCUUCGAGAACCUGCUCACCGAGAAAGCGCUCGCCGACAGCGUCUUCUCCGUCCACCUCGCCCGGGGCGAAGAAACGGGUCCGAGGUGCCUCUGCCUCGGGUGCUACGACACAUCCAAGGCCGAUGCCGCCGUGCAGUGGCACCCGCUCGUGUCCCGGACGUACUGGUCGAUCGCCAUGGACGGUAUCGUGGUGAACAAGAGGGGAAUGUCGCAUAACCUGACCGCGGUCGUUGACACUGGCACCUCGCUCAUUUACGUCCCUGACGAGAUUCCGGGCUCAGCGCCCGCGGUCGAGUACGGGCCAGGUAAGCCGCUCACCUUCGUUCUGUUGCCAGGCUUCUUCUCGUUCCCAUGCAACGCGUCCGUCUCCGUCGCGCUCAAGCUCGACGGCCACUCGUACACCAUCCACCCGUCCGACUUCAACCUCGGCGCCGUCAAAAACGCGUCUACUGAAUGCGUCGGGGGCAUCCUCGCGCUCGGCGACGGCUUUGCGCCGGACAUGGCGAUCGUGGGCGCCGAGUUCUUGAAGUCGUGGUACACGGUCUUCGACUACGCGGGCCGGGUGGGCUUCGCCCCAAGCAUCAACAACCUGCCAGCCCCCGCCGCGGUGACACACGCCGGACAGGAAAACUAG